CAUGGACCCCCGCUGCCUCUGGCUCUGGGGUCUGCUCACAGGGGGCAUGCUGCGGGGCGGCUGGGCACGGCCCAGCUGGGACAUGUAUGUCCCUCCCCAGAUAACGGGGCUGAGAGGAGAUUCCAUUGUGCUGCCCUGCAACUUCACACACCCGGAACCCAACUACAGGGGUGACAUCCAGGUGAUCUGGAAGCCCGAUAUUUUCCAAUGCCUGGUGAGCAACAGCAGCACCAAGACCAGGAGCUUUGACAACUGCACGACGGGGCAGGGGCCGAGUGGGCGCUACCGCCUGGCCGGGGACCCCCGGCGGCACAACGUCUCCCUGCACAUCACCGGGCUGCGCUACGAGGACAGCAAAGGGUACAGGUGCCGCGUGGUUCUCCGACAAAAUCCGACUUGGGCCUACGAGAACAAGAUGGCGAUAAUGCUCAAUGUGGAAGCACGACCCAGCAUCCUCAACCUCACACUGCUCCCCGGGCCCCUCCCUGUGCGGGUGGCCUGCACAGCUGAGGGGAACCCCGUGCCCAACAUCACAUGGCUGGGGCCGGCGGGGAGCGAAGUGGGGCAGUUGCAGAACACCACUGGGUCCCAGUACCAGACAACGCAGGUGCUGUCAGUGAGCCAGAUCGGGACCUACACCUGCCGGGUGGAGAACGUGCACGGCCAGGCUGAGCGUUCGGUGCUUGUGGGGCCCACAGGGCCACCCCUGCUGCUCAUCAUCCUCCUCCCAGCAGCCCUGCUCCUGCUUGCUGGCCUCCUGCUGCUCGUCCUCUGCUGCCGACGGAAAGGAGGAAGGGAGAGUGCAGGGAGAGCUCAGCCUGGUGAGGCCAAUACUUGCUCUCCCCGCCAGCCAGCUGCUCAUGCCGAUGGGCUGCCUCCUGCCCAGGCCCUGCCCCAGUCUGGGCUCAGCUCCCCUGUAAGGCAGCUGCCUGUGUCUCCAGCAGAGAACCCAGACAGCUGCACCUAUGCAGAUCUGAUCUUCCCCAGCACUGGGGCUGGCAGAAGAGGUCCCCUGCCUGCAGCCCAGAGCCCCCCAGUGCCAGCAGAAGAGGUCACCUAUUCUGAGCUGACGCCAUCCAGGGGACCCAGGUGAGCUGUCCAUCCCGGCACGCUCCCUGCCCCGUUCCCUGUGGAGUCACCGCACAAGGCACUGCCGCCUGGAGCAACCCACCUCAGCGAAGCAAACGCAGCAGCGUUGCCUGGGGCUGUGAGCGCAGCCACCCGCCCUCCCUGACAUGUUCUUCUGUACCAGACACAGGCCAGCUACAGCGCUUGCUUCUAGGCCGGCUGUGCUCAGCAGCAGGUCCCUCGCUCUGCCAGUGCUCGCUGAGUAACGUGAUACACAC